AUGCCAGAAGAGCCAUAAUUACUUGACGAAAUUGAUGUGAAAUGAAAGUUCAUUGAACUGUGCGAACAUAAGGGGUAUUCUCUUGCUCUUGCAAAACCCGGUGCACGGUGCAAGAAUUGCAGAUUUACAACGGCACAACAACAAACACACGCGGAAAAAUAUUUGCUGUAAAAAAAAGGGCUGUAAAAUAGCCGCACCGAAGCUAAUAUACCCUGAACAGCUGCAUUUCUCAUAUAAAAGAGUAUAAAAUGAUCUAUAUCUAAAGUUUAGAAAUAAAUGUCGGGGACCAUAUAAAUAUAUAUAUGUAUGUAUGUAAAUGAUCAGGGUGUUGAGCAGAGUCUGCUUGCUUGCAUAAACUAUUUAUUUUCUGUUUUUGAGAUAUCGAUCUGAAAUUUUAAACACGUUACAUUCUCCGAAAAAUGUAAAGUUUUUUAUAUUUUAUUUUUGUCUAUUUAUUAUAUGCAAUAUGUCUGUAGUCAUUUGAGGAAUGCCCAAUUUGGACACGUAAAGGGCUGCUCUACGAAUCUGGUGUAUCUCUUGAAAAACUAAAAUGCAUUGUACCAUCCCUGUCUUAUUACUUUUCGACUGGACCAUGGCGUACGUUAUACGUGCGUUAUGGUUAUGAUCCCCGUAAGGAUUUCAAAAGUCGUUAUUACCAAACAUUUGACUAUCGACUACGAUUCCGUUCUGGCAUGUCCGAAUUCGAAGGAUCAACUGAAAAAGCAAAAUGAGAGUCCAUACGAACUUAGCGAAUUGGUGCAAGAUAUAAAUUAUCCAUACUUCGAAGAAAACAAAUUACCACGCUCUCGGCAAUGUAUUUUAAGAUAUUGUGAUUUACAUAUGCCGAAAAUUCAAGAGAUGAUCGAGAAGAUACCGUCACCGCGCACUGGUGCAAUAUGUAAUGAGAAAACGGGCUGGAUACCGGUAGGCUUUGACAUGCAAGUUCGUCAGAUUAUGAGUAAUUGCAUUAAAGAAUUAUUACGAAAUCAUUAUCGCAAAGGUCAGACGCAUGUUGAACUGGACUCAGUAGAUAAUGCGGUUCGUUAA